AUGAAGCUUCCAAAAAGCUUACUUUUGAAGGUCGAAACAAGUCAUCGGUGGUGGAUUGUGGAGAGGGGGGAGGCAUGUUCGUCUGGCUCGGUGGAUGAGAGGGUUUGUAGAGUAUGCCAUUUGAGUGCAAAGGAGAUUGGGAAGAGCAGGGCUGAGUUGAUCGAGCUUGGCUGCGGAUGUAAAGGCGAGCUUGGAUCUGCUCACUUGCAAUGCGCCAAGGCUUGGUUUAGCAUUAAAGGGAAGAGAUUGUGUGAAAUAUGUGGAGAGGCUGCAAGAAACAUAAGUGGUGUUGGCGACAGCGGUUUCACGGAGGAGUGGAGCGAGGGGAGACGAGGAGGCGAUGGGGGCGACAGCAGCGCAUCGUAUGGAGGCAGACGAUGUUUGCAGGGGCAGCCACUUUGUAAUAUCUUGAUGGCUUGUCUAGUUUUAGCAUUCAUUCUCCCUUGGUUUUUUCCUGGGAAUUUGUUCUGAUUUAAUCCGCAUUGAAUUGCCUGUUCCUGUAUAGGAAUCAAACAGUCAGCAGCUUCAGUUUGAUUCUUGAUAUUGUGUUCAAUACAAUCAAGAAUCUUUACAGAUCA